GCCCCUCAGGUCCCGUCCCGGCGCCGCAGCCGCCUGCAUUUCGGUUUGUGAGCAGGCCCGGCCGGGCCAGGAGCGAGAGCGAGACUCUGGAGCGGUCGCCGCCGCAGUCGCCCGGGCCGGGAAAGGCGGGCGAUGCCCCCAACCGCCGCUCGGGCCAUGUCCGAGGGGCGCGCGUGUUGUCGCCGCCGGGGCGCCGUGCCCGCCUGUCGUCCCCCGGGCCCAGCCGCUCGUCCGAGGCCCGCGAGGAGCUGCGCCGCCGCCUCGUGGGCCUCAUCGAGCGCAGCCGGGUGGUGAUCUUCAGCAAGAGCUACUGUCCCCAUAGUACUCGGGUAGGCGCGGCCCUCGCCGGUUCCACCGCGCGCGACCGGGCCCGCCACGCGGACGCCACCCGGGGCAGGGCGGGUCCGGGCCGGGGCGCCCGCGGGUCCCGGGCUGCGGCGGUGAGGUCAGCCGUCCGUCCUCUCCUCUCCCCGGUCGUCCUCUGAGGUGGGCUUGUGAUAGUUUAUCAAAACAGAAACUCUCCUAAUUGCGUGACCUCGACCCGGGUUAGGACCCUGUGCAGAGCCUCACUUCCCCCGUUUGUGAAACGAAGGUACGGGAAGGUUGUGAGGAUGACUGAGGUGAAAGAACUCUUUUCUUCUUUGGGAGUCGAAUGUAAUGUCUUGGAACUUGAUCAAGUUGAUGAUGGAGCCAGGGUUCAAGAAGUGCUGUUAGAAAUCACUAAUCAGAAAACCGUGCCCAAUAUUUUCGUGAAUAAAGUGCAUGUAGGUGGAUGUGACCAAACUUUCCAGGCAUAUCAGAGUGGUUUGUUACAGAAGCUCCUUCAGGAAGAUUCGGCAUAUGAUUAUGAUCUCAUCAUCAUCGGUGGUGGUUCUGGAGGCCUUUCAUGUGCGAAGGAAGCUGCCAUUUUGGGAAAGAAAGUUAUGGUGCUAGACUUUGUUGUCCCGUCACCUCAGGGCACAUCCUGGGGUCUUGGUGGCACUUGUGUAAAUGUAGGUUGUAUUCCUAAGAAAUUGAUGCAUCAGGCUGCCCUUUUGGGGCAGGCAUUAUGUGACUCAAGGAAAUUUGGCUGGGAAUAUAAUCAACAAGUGAGGCACAACUGGGAGACAAUGACAAAAGCGAUUCAGAACCACAUCAGCUCUCUAAACUGGGGCUACAGGUUGUCUCUGAGGGAAAAGGCUGUGGCCUAUGUCAAUUCCUAUGGAGAAUUUGUUGAACAUCAUAAAAUAAAGGCAACCAAUAAAAAAGGACAGGAGACUUAUUAUACUGCUGCACAGUUUGUCAUAGCAACGGGUGAAAGGCCACGGUAUUUAGGAAUCCAAGGAGAUAAAGAAUACUGUAUUACUAGUGAUGACCUUUUUUCUCUGCCUUAUUGCCCUGGCAAAACAUUAGUGGUGGGUGCCUCUUAUGUUGCCCUGGAGUGUGCAGGGUUUCUGGCUGGCUUUGGCCUAGAUGUCACAGUUAUGGUACGCUCAAUCCUUCUCCGUGGCUUCGACCAAGAAAUGGCAGAAAAAGUGGGUUCCUACAUGGAGCAGCAUGGUGUGAAGUUCCUACGGAAAUUCAUACCUGUGAUGGUUCAACAGUUGGAGAAAGGUUCACCUGGAAAGCUGAAAGUGUUGGCUAAAUCCACUGAAGGAACAGAAACAAUUGAAGGAGUCUAUAACACAGUUUUGUUAGCUAUUGGUCGUGACUCCUGUACAAGGAAAAUAGGCUUGGAGAAGAUUGGUGUCAAAAUUAAUGAGAAGAGUGGAAAAAUACCUGUAAGUGAUGUGGAACAGACCAAUGUGCCAUAUGUCUAUGCUGUUGGGGAUAUUUUGGAGGAUAAGCCAGAGCUCACUCCUGUCGCCAUACAGUCAGGCAAGCUGCUAGCUCGGAGACUUUUUGGGGCCUCUUUAGAAAAGUGUGAUUAUAUUAAUGUUCCGACUACAGUGUUUACUCCUCUGGAGUAUGGUUGCUGUGGAUUAUCUGAAGAGAAAGCUAUUGAAGUAUAUAAAAAAGAGAAUCUAGAAAUAUAUCAUACUUUGUUCUGGCCUCUUGAAUGGACAGUAGCUGGCAGAGAGAACAACACUUGUUACGCAAAGAUAAUCUGCAAUAAAUUCGACCAUGAUCGGGUGAUAGGAUUUCAUAUUCUUGGACCAAACGCCGGUGAGGUUACCCAAGGAUUUGCAGCUGCAAUGAAAUGUGGGCUCACAAAACAGCUACUUGAUGACACCAUUGGAAUUCACCCCACAUGUGGGGAGGUGUUCACGACUUUGGAAAUCACAAAGUCGUCGGGACUAGACAUCACUCAGAAAGGCUGCUGAGGCUAGGCCUGCUGCUGUUUAGUUUUCCUUGUCAUAUUCUCGUUUCUCUCAAAGAUAAGAAUGCUCUCGGAUAAAAUGAGCCUGUGCUCAUGACAGCUGCUCUGUUACUCAGGGACCAGUGCAGGGCUGUCUUACGACACUUAGAUGAGAAAGUAGACAAGGAAAGAGGACAGCAGUGGGCAUCUGCCUUGUGGUCUUGCUGACAGCGAGAGGCAGUGGGACUGCUUCCUUGACGCCUUAGCUUGGAGCCCCGUUGUGAGGUGAGCCAAGGCUGACUCUCGCAAGCCAGGACUGAGCUUCCCUCGGAAAGACCUUUGAGUGGCACCAUUCACCUAAGUUAGCUUUUCUCAUCGCUAUUGUUUUUAUCCCCUUUGCUUUGUUGUUUCUGUGAAAAUAUAUUUUGUGAAAAUAUAUUUUCAGUUAAGAAAUGCUAUAAA